AUGCCAGAGCUGGUGGCGGAGGCGUGGACGACGCCGGCGAGGCGCCGCCGGGUGCUGCUCGUCGUCAGCCUGAUGGCGCUCCUCGCAUUCUUCGUCCUCGGCCGGGAGAGCGCGUCGGCGGUCUGGGAGAUCGCCAGCGCCAAGCUCGUCGCCAUCAACAAUGGAGGAGGUUUUAUGUUCACGAACGCCUCUCAUGGUCACGACGAGCUCCUCGGCGGCCUGCUCGCGCCCGGCAUGGACGGCGACUCGUGCCGGAGCCGUCACCUCCUGUCGAGGUACUACAAGCACUUCCCCUACGCGCCGUCGCCGCACCUCCUGCACAAGCUGCGCGCCUACGAGGCCCGCCACCGGAGGUGCGCCCCCGGCACGCCGCUCUACGCCAGGUCCGUCGAGCAGCUCCGGUCCGGCCGCAGCGCCGACGAGGCAGGCGUGGAGUGCAGGUACAUCGUGUGGCUCCCCAUCGACGGCCUCGGCAACCGCAUGCUCUCCAUGGUCAGCGGCUUCCUCUACGCGCUCCUCACCGGCCGCGUCUUCCUCGUGGCCAUGCCGCCGGACGCCGCCGACCUCUUCUGCGAGCCCUUCCCGGGAACGACGUGGCUGCUCCCGCUGGAGGACUUCCCCGUCGCCAACCUCUUCGGGCUCGGCCACAAUCCGGAGCAGUCGUACACGCGCCUCCUCCGCAAGAAGAAGAUCGUCGUGGACGGCGACGACAACCCGGCGAGCAACGCGACGGCGGCCGCGGCGCCGCCCGUGCCGGCGUACGUGUACCUGAGCCUGGGGUGGCAGAUGACGGACGGGCCCUUCUUCUGCGGCGAGCACCAGCGCGCGCUCGGCAAGGUGAACUGGAUCCUGCUGUACAGCGACCUCUACUUCGCGCCGUCGCUGCACACGAUCGCCGCGUUCCGGGACGAGCUCCGGCGGCUGUUCCCGGCCAGGGAGAGCACGUCCCACCUCCAGCUCCGGUACCUGCUCCACCCGGGCAACCCCGUGUGGGGCCUGGUCACCAGGUAUUACCACUCGUACCUCGCUCCGGCGGCGCGGCGGAUCGGCGUGCAGAUCAGGAUGGUCGGCUCCGACACCGUCCCGGCAGACGACAAGUACAACCAGAUCCUCGCGUGCUCCCGGCAGGAGCGCAUACUGCCGGAAACCGUCGAUGGCAGUAUAUAA